GUAGUUAUUCACCAGUUAUAGAGUGAGUUGUUGUUUAUGUUUCUAAGACUGCAGGGUGGGAGAUGCAACAAUGGUCUUGAGAACAGCAGGAAGUGUGUUGGGGGUCUUUCUCUGGUCUGUAGCAGUGGUACUGGGUCAGGAUAUCUGGAGUGUGACUUACACCACUCAGAGUAUCUGUACCUUGAAGGGGUCAACAGUGGAUCUGUUCUGCUCUUACACAUAUCCCAGUGGUUAUACAGUCACAACAACCUUCUGGUUCACUAAAACUGAGGCUGGUAUAGAACCUAAAGAUCUAGGUCAGGACCCAGAGUAUGCAGGUCGUCUGGUGUAUAAUGGGGAUAAGAAGAAUGACUGCAACCUGAAAAUCAGGGACCUGAGAGAGAGUGACUCAGCUACAUACAGGUUCAGAUUAUUAACAGAUCAGACCAGAGGGAAAUAUACUGGUGCUCCUGGAGUCACUCUGUCUGUUACAGCUCUGCAGGUGAAGGUGACUUCUAAAACUUGGCCAAAUUGGGUGACACUGACCUGUAUCACCACCUGUACUCUGACUGACAACCCCACCUACAUCUGGUACAAGAACGGACACAAAGUAAAGGAGGACACCUCCAGCCUGUACUCAGACUACUUUAGUGAUGCAGACAGUUAUUCCUGUGCUGUAAAAGGCCACAAGGAUCUCCACUCUCCUGCAGUGUGUGUUCAGGGUCAGAGAUGCAACAGAGUGACUUACACCAAGAGGAGAAUCUGUGUCUUGAAGGGGUCAACAGUGGACAUAUCCUGUACUUAUGUUGGUUAUUAUUCCACCACAUCAUCAUUCUGGUUUAGAAGUGAUAGGUUGAUUCAUAAGGACAUAACCAGAGACCCCGAGUAUUUAGGACGAGACUUGGAGAGAGGUCCCUUCACCCUGACAAUCUCAGAUCUGAGAGAGGAGGACUCAGCUGAGUAUCGCUUCACUUUUAAACAAAGGAACUUUGAAUGGGGUCAUAGUUUCCCUGGAACCAGUCUGACUGUGACAGGCCUGCAGGUGAAGGUGACUCCUGCUGCAGAGGGACAGAAGACACUGACCUGUAGCACCACCUGUACUCUGACUGACAACCCCACCUACAUCUGGUACAAGAACGGACAACGUCUAGAUGAGUCCACUUCCCAACAAUACUCUAGUAAUAUGCUGAUGGUCUGGGAUUCUACUGUGGACAUUUACUCCUGUGCUGUUGAAGGUCACGAGGCUCUCCACUCUCCUGUAGUCUGUUUUCAGGUGAAGGUGACUCCUAAACAUUAUUCAAAGUAUAAGACACUGACCUGUAGCACCACCUGUAUUCUGACUGGUAACCCCACAUACACCUGGUACAAGAACGGACAGAUAGAAACUGUGAAGACUUCCACCUAUUCAGUCCUCCCUAAUGCUAAGGACAGCUACUCUUGUGCUGUAAAAGGCCAUGAGGAUCUCCACUCUCCUGCAGUGUGUGUUCAGGAUCAGAGGUGCAACAGAGUGACUUACACCAAGAGGAGAAUCUGUGUCUUGAAGGGGUCAACAGUGGACAUAUCCUGUACUUAUGUUGGUUAUUAUUCCACCACAUCAUCAUCCUGGUUUAGAAGUGAUAAGUCGACCCCUGAAGACCUAACCACUGACCCAGGGUAUGCAGGUCGUGUGAAGUACCCUGACAAAGAGAUGUAUAAAGAUCCCUGCAUCCUGAGAAUCUCAGAUCUGAGAGAGGAGGACUCAGCUGAGUAUCGCUUCACUUUUAAAACAUACAACUUUGAAUGGGGUCAUAGUUUCCCAGGAACAACUCUGUCUGUCACAGGUCUGCAGGUGAAGGUGACUCCUGCUGCAGAGGGACAGAAGACACUGACCUGUAUCACCACCUGUACUCUGACUGACAACCCCACCUACAUCUGGUACAAGAACGGACAACGUCUAGAUGAGUCCACUUCCCAACAAAACUCUAGUAAUAUGCUGAUGGUCUGGGAUUCUACUGUGGACAUUUACUCCUGUGCUGUUGAAGGUCACGAGGCUCUCCACUCCCCUGUAGUUUGUUUUCAGGUGGAGGUGACUCCUAAACAUUAUUCAAAGUAUAAGACACUGACCUGUAGCACCACCUGUAUUCUGACUGGUAACCCCACAUACACCUGGUACAAGAACGGACAGAUAGAAACUGUGAAGACUUCCACCUAUUCAGUCCUCCCUAAUGCUAAGGACAGCUACUCUUGUGCUGUAAAAGGCCAUGAGGAUCUCCACUCUCCUGCAGUGUGUGUUCAGGAUCAGAGGUGCAACAGAGUGACUUACACCAAGAGGAGAAUCUGUGUCUUGAAGGGGUCAACAGUGGACAUAUCCUGUACUUAUGUUGGUUAUUAUUCCACCACAUCAUCAUCCUGGUUUAGAAGUGAUAAGUCGACCCUUGAAGACCUAACCACUGACCCAGGGUAUGCAGGUCGUGUGAAGUACACUGGAACAUACAGAGGUCCCUUCACCCUGAGAAUCACAGAUCUGAGAGAGGAGGACUCAGCUGAGUAUCGCUUCACUUUUAAAACAAACAACUUUGACUGGGGUCAUAGUUUCCCAGGAACAACUCUGUCUGUCACAGGUCUGCAGGUGAAGGUGACUCCUGCUGCAGAGGGACAGAAGACACUGACCUGUAUCACCACCUGUACUCUGACUGACAACCCCACCUACAUCUGGUACAAGAACGGACAACGUCUAGAUGAGUCCACUUCCCAACAAAACUCUAGUAAUAUGCUGAUGGUCUGGGAUUCUACUGUGGACAUUUACUCCUGUGCUGUUGAAGGUCACGAGGCUCUCCACUCCCCUGUAGUUUGUUUUCAGGUGGAGGUGACUCCUAAACAUUAUUCAAAGUAUAAGACACUGACCUGUAGCACCACCUGUAUUCUGACUGGUAACCCCACAUACACCUGGUACAAGAACGGACAGAUAGAAACUGUGAAGACUUCCACCUAUUCAGUCCUCCCUAAUGCUAAGGACAGCUACUCUUGUGCUGUAAAAGGCCAUGAGGAUCUCCACUCUCCUGAAGUGUGUGUUCAGGAUCAGAGGUGCAACAGAGUGACUUACACCAAGAGGAGAAUCUGUGUCUUGAAGGGGUCAACAGUGGACAUAUCCUGUACUUAUGUUGGUUAUUAUUCCACCACAUCAUCAUCCUGGUUUAGAAGUGAUAAGUCGACCCUUGAAGACCUAACCACUGACCCAGGGUAUGCAGGUCGUGUGAAGUACACUGGAACAUACAGAGGUCCCUUCACCCUGAGAAUCACAGAUCUGAGAGAGGAGGACUCAGCUGAGUAUCGCUUCACUUUUAAAACAAACAACUUUGACUGGGGUCAUAGUUUCCCAGGAACAACUCUGUCUGUCACAGGUCUGCAGGUGAAGGUGACUCCUGCUGCAGAGGGACAGAAGACACUGACCUGUAUCACCACCUGUACUCUGACUGACAACCCCACCUACAUCUGGUACAAGAAUGGACAGAAUGUACAAGGUGUCUCCUCCCCCAUGUAUUCCAUCAGCAGUGAGGAUGCAGGCAGCUACUUCUGUGCUGUAAAAGGCCAUCUCAGCUCUCCUACAGUGUAUAAACCAAAGACCACAGUGUCAGUCAGUCCCUCUGGUGAAAUAGUGGAGGGCAGUUCAGUGACUCUGACAUGCAGCAGUGAUGCCAACCCACCUGUCCAGAGUUACACCUGGUGGUACAAGAAGAAUGGAGGUGACUAUCAGAGUAUGACAGGACCACAGCAUGUCUUCAACCAAAUCCGGUCAUCUGACACUGGAGAGUAUUACUGUGAGGCCUGGAAUGAGAUGGGGACAGACAGGUCUAGGACCAUUAACAUGGAUGUGAAGUAUGGUCCAAGGAACACCUCAGUGUCAGUCAGUCCCUCUGGUGAAAUAGUGGAGGGCAGUUCAGUGACUCUGACCUGCAGCAGUGAUGCCAACCCACCUGUGGACAAAUACACCUGGUACAAGAAGAAUGUAACCUCACCAAAAGCAUCAGGACAGAGUUACAGCAUCACUAACAUCAUCUCUGAGGACAGAGGAGAAUAUUACUGUGAGGCUGAGAAUAAAUAUGGACGUCUCAACUCUUCUUCUGUGUUUGUGGACGUUCAGUACGGCCCAAAGAACACCUCAGUGUCAGUCAGUCCCUCUGGUGAAAUAGUGGAGGGCAGUUCAGUGACUCUGACCUGCAACAGUGAUGCCAACCCACCUGUGGACAAAUACACCUGGUACUUUCAAAAUGAGACUUUUCUAAAUGGAUGUGGACAGAUGUACAACAUCAGUAACUUCAAGUCUAAGGACAGUGGACAUUACCACUGUGAGGCCUGGAAUAGAAGAGGAUCUAGGAACUCUACAGCUCUGAUGAUCAUUAUACCAGGGAAACAAACCUCAGUUCUGACUGCAGCUGUAGGAAUCAUAGUGGUUGUUCUGGUUCUCAUCCUCUGUCUCUCUGGACUCAUGUGGUUCAGGAAGAAGGCCUCCAAAUCCACCUCUGACACAAGAGACACAUCAGAGAAUGUAGAGGGAGACUCUAGUCCAGUGUAUGAAAACGUCUCAAGCAUGUCCACAGCCCCUACUGCAGCACAGACAGAGUCCACAUACGACCAGGAUGAUGUUCACUACACCAGUGUCCACUUCUCUCACUCCAAAAACCAGGAAGUGCCUCUGUACUCCACCGUCCAGCUGCCUCAACCCCAGAAAGAGGAUGAGGAUGUCCAGUACGAUGCUGUGAAAUUCAACCUCCCCAGUGCUGCCACCCGACCCACGGCAGCACAAGCAGCUGAGGAGGACUCUUCUGUUCUCUACAGUACAGUCAACAAACCCAGAACCAGGAAGACCCCAACACAACAAACCCAGAACCAAGAAGACCCCAACACAACAAACCCAGAACCAAGAAGACCCCAACACAACAAACCCAGAACCAAGAAGACCCCAACACAACAAACCCAGAACCAAGAAGACCCCAACACAACAAACCCAGAACCAAGAAGACCCCAACACAACAAACCCAGAACCAAGAAGACCCCAACACAACAAACCCAGAACCAAGAAGACCCCAACACAACAAACCCAGAACCAAGAAGACCCGAACACAACAAACCCAGAACCAAGAAGACCCCAACACAACAAACCCAGAACCAAGAAGACCCCAACACAACAAACCCAGAACCAAGAAGACCCCAACACAACAAACCCAGAACCAAUACGACCUGAACACAAUAAACCCAGAACUAAGAAGAACUGAACACAACAAACCCAGAACUUAUAAUUAUGUGUGAAUACAUUGUACAUGCCGGUGGCCCCAUUGGGAAUGUAAGCCAUGCACCAUGCUCUACCAACUGAGACACAGGACUACUGUAUUCACACUUAGUUGGAGUGAUGAUCUAUGGUCAGUUUUAUAAACAAUGCUGUACUUGUCCUCUUGCUCAGUUGUGCACCGGGGCCUCCCACUCCUCUUUCUAUUCUGGUUAGAGCCAGUUUGCUCUGUUCUGUGAAGGGAGUAGUACACAGCAUUGUACGAGAUCUUCAGUUUCUU